AUGGCACCAAGUACCGCGCGCCUCACAAUCUUCGUCUUUGGCCUCUCAUCCUUUGCGGCGGGAGUCAAUUCCCUCCUGCGUCCUCACGCAUCACUCGCAUUACUAAGCCUGCCCGCCACUGCUCUGCCCGCAGCCAACGGCAACGCUCUGGCUGCCAUCGCAAUGGGCAUCUACUACACCUUGGCAGCAGCCCAAGACAACAGCGCCUUCUUUCUCGCCACCAUACCAAUGCGUUUGACGUCUGCUGUCGUGUUUUGGCGACAAGACUGGGGUAUCGUUGCGGGCUGGGAGGGUGGAAGCGCGGCCUUGACGCUGCUCGCCUUGGCUUGGGAUGCUCGGCAACGGAACCACGAGUCACGAGGCUCAAAAGUCGCUUGA